AUGAAGUUCUUUACUUUAGCAUCCACUGCUUUAUCAUUAUCGUCAACAGCAUUAGCUGCCAUUAGACAAGUGCAAUUGUAUGCCACUUCCGACUCUGAGGAGAUCAACGGGCUGGGUCUCUACUCAACCCACGAAGGUGCCGGUAUCAACUACUUCUUCCUCGGUGCUGCUCAGACUUUGACCUAUAACGACGAGUCAAGAGUCUUGUACAUUGACUUGGCCACCCAGCCACCAGCCCAGCAAUACUUGGCUUUUGAAGGCGAGUUUUUGGCCUUGACCGUUGGGCAAGAGCCAUUGCCAGUCGACAUUACCGAAGAGGGCACCAUCACUUUCCCCGGUGUCGAGACCUUGUCGGCUGCAUUCAAUGUCAACGACCCAUACAGAUACUCGGAAAGCGUCCCCGCUGUCGUCAACUCAUCCCCAGAAGGGUCAACCCCAAUUGGGCUUAGAGCCGUUUUUGUCGAAGUACCGGAACCAGAGCCAGAAGCUCCUUCCGAAGCUCCCGUUUACGAAAACACCACCGUCGUGGCCACCGAAGACCGUACCGUGACUGUCUUUACCACCUACUGCCCCGAACCAACCACGUUGACUUUGACCAUUUGCGAAGUUGUCUGUCAAGCAACCGAGACUUUUGUCAGCGAGCCAGGCUACGUUACCGUUUCCAAUGUCGUUAUUGCUGAAGUCACCGAGGCUCCCGUUGCACCUGAACCCGAGGCUGAAGUCACUCAAGCUCCAGAAGCUCCAGCAGAACCAGAAGAGCCAGCUGUGGUUGAAUCUAUUUUCGAAGGUGCUGCUUCUAAAGCUGGCGGCGCUUCCUUAUUGGCUCUUGCUUUGGCUGCCAUUGGCUUUGCCUUCUAA